GAUGCAGUUAAAAUCAUUGGUUUCCGCACGAAGUAGCUAUUAUUUCUCACACGACGGAAGAUUAAAUUUAAACCUAUUCCACUUUUGAAUUGGACUGGCCCCCUUGGAAAAUUCAGCGCAGAUUGGAUUAUGACAAACGAAUCCGAGUUCCUUUCAAUUUAGUGCUUGAAUGAUCGAUUUUCGGUCCCGAUCUUGCCUAAAAUCCUGUGCAAAUAAAUUAAAUAAAAUUCGAAAUUGCUCUCAGUAAUUAGUUAUGCAAUACAUUUUCGAAUACGUGCCAAUGUGCGUAAAUAAAUGAAGUGUGCGAAGUUAAUCGAGUGAUACGAAAUCAAUCUAAUCAGCCGAAAUGGACGCCGUCGCGGAUAUUGUUUUUGUAAAUCGGGAUUACCAGGCUCAAUCGAUGGCCACCGACGAAAUCAGCGUUUCGCGGGGAGAUCUGGUCGAACUUAUAAGUUCAAAAGCUUCGGAAAAGUCAAGAUGCUUUGUUAGAAUAUUCGACAGUGGGGAUUCCCCCAAAGAAGGCUGGGUGCCCAUCGAAGUACUUGAGUUUAAUCCCACAAUGAGUAGCUCGAACGGCAAGGAGAGUGUUGGGGAUGCGGAAUUCAGAAAGCAAACCAUCCUCAGGGAACUGGUGGAAACUGAGGAAGAAUUCUCCAGGGAUCUGAUGCAUGUGGUAGAUAAGUAUAUAAAAGGUAUAGAUAAACCGGUGGUGCCCAGAUCCGUGCGCGAUAAUAAGGAUAUAAUAUUCUGUAACUUCCUACAAAUCGCCGAGUUCCACAAUAAUGUGCUGAAGGAGGGUCUCAAGUGCUACAGUAAUCAGCCCAAUAUGGUGGCCAAAACCUUUUUACGGCUGGAAAGGGACUUCGACAAGCAUGUGGUGUAUUGCCAAAACGAGCCCUUGGCGCAGGAUUACUUGAAUUCAAGUCCCGACGCCAAGAAGUACUUUCAAGAACUUUCAAAACAGCUUAGGGACGACAAAUCGCUUUCGGAGCACCUGAAGCUACCCAUCCAGAGGAUAAACGACUACCAGCUUCUGUUCAAGGACUUCAUUAAGUACUCGCUAAGCUUAAAAGAAAACGUUAAAGACUUGGACAGGGCCCUAGAGUUGAUGCUAAGUGUGCCCAGUAGAGCGUACGACAAUAGGUUUCUUUCCAGCAUCGAGGGCUGUCGGGGCAACAUCUACAAGUUGGGCCGCCUCCUGCUGCACGAGUGGUGCAACGUGACCGACAAGGAGGGCAAGGCACACGAGCGCUACUGCUUUCUGUUCAAGUCGCGCGUGCUGGUGACCAAGGUCCGGAAGAUUUCCGAGCACAGGUCCGUGUUUAUUCUGCAGAACAUCGUGAAGCUCCCGCUCUGCAACAUCGAGCACAAGGCCGACGAGAAGCAAAUCCAGCUGAGCCUGAAGACAGCGGAUCCCAGCUCGUUCUUGCCCAUAAGCAUUAGGCCCCACGGGCAGGAGUCGCAUUUGACCUGGUUCAACGAGAUCUCCAGCCACAUCAACCAGGACGUCACCUUGCAGGAGCACCAUGCCGAUGAUCUGAAGGUCGACUCCUCCCAGAUCGCCUCCGAAAGUGAGCUCAUCCUCCACCUCCCGCAAAGGGCCGAGGCCCACGACUCGAACCCCAGUGUCCGACCCUCUGACGUGGCAGAGAACUAUUUCCUGAGCAAGGAGACCAAGGAGCGUCUUCAGCUCGAGCAGCAGGAGCUUCUGAGACUGGAACAGGAGGCCAUAGAGCUGUACAAGAAGCAGCAGUCCUCCAAGACAACGUCUUCCACCACCGAAUUGGUCCAGGUUACUAGCUCCCACGAGAAAACCAGCAAAGUUGAGGUUAAAGAGGUACUGACUCCUCCGCCUGCACCACAGCCGCAAGUAAAGGAAGUUACUGCCACGAAGGUGGUGGCUUCUCCACCGCCACCAGAGCCUUCCUCGCUUGCGUCUCCUGUAAAGGAGGCCACUCCUCAGAAGGAGGUAGCUGCUCCACCACCACCUCAAGUGGAGCCGAAGGAAGUUACUCCUCCUGUCAAGGCAGCCACAAAAGUAGAGUCCGCUUCACAUUCCAAGGAAGUCGAAGCUCCCAGGGAAGUCCAGUCCAAAACCGAGACCGCAAUCGAGUCUGUUGUGGUUCAGCAAGUAUUGAGCCAGUCUAGUCAGAUCCAAGAGGAGUUGUUGGUCACUGAGGAGAGCUCCUCGGCCGGUAAGCAAGUCGAAGAGUUCAAGCGCGAAGCGUCACCCUACUCGAUUCCCAAGAUCCAAGUCUACCGACCCGUAGAAUGCGACUCCCCUGUGAUAACCCCCAAGCACAAGCCCAUCGAGCUGAAGGACAUCGUUGGCUACAGCGAGUCCCUUCGCGAUGGCGACACCGUUCCCGGGGGAUCGGGAUCGCAGGGCCAGGGCCAGGGCUACUCCGCCAACAUAACCGACCACGCUUCACUAACCGUCUGGAACAACCGGCUGGCCAACAUAGCCGGCGACCGCGGGGGUCUUAACCAGCACUUGCAGCGAGCUGGACCGCCCCCACCGCCCAUUCCGCCCAGCUUCACGCGCAUGCCCGGCUUCUUCCAACCGCUUCCACUAAUCGCUUACGAGACCACUAUCGAGAUACUAAUCGUCAAGGCACGCCCCCCCUCGCCGCCGCCCCCGCCGCCGCCGACCAUCAAGCGCGUCCUUGUCCACACUGAAAGUCUCGAGCAGAAGACCCAGAACUUCUUCGAGGGCAUCUUCGAUGCUUCCUCCUCGGACACCUCGCUUCGCAACGCCAAGCAAAAGAUCCGCAGCAUCAAGAACACGGUGCUGAAGUCGAAGGACUCGACCAACUACGCCCAAGACACCGUGCAGAAGGCCAAGGCCCGCGACUUUCUGCACAUUUUCACGCCGCCUGUUAAGAAACGACCCAUUUACGAGAUAGUCGAGCUCGAAGGCGAGUAUACUGAGUCUCUUGCUGACGAUUUCAGGGAGCCAAGUGCCGAUUUUGAAGCCAGGGGCCAAAGCGUCGCUGGUAUGGAUGAUUACUAUUCCGGCUACUCGAGGGCUUCGACACGUCGCUAUGAAAGCAAAUCGAGGGACUACGACCGGGGAACCUCUUACGACAGCACCGUAGAGCGAUCCCAGUAUGGCAUAAGCUCCCGCCGGGAUCGCAGUUCCGUUGACAAGGUAGAAGCUCGGUCAUCUCUGUUGGCCACUGGGCGCACGGAAAGUCGUGCCGCAAGUCGCGCCGAGAGUCGUGCUGAGAGUCGAGCCUCCUACUCGGUGGCUGAAUCGCGUGCUGGAAUCCGGUCUUCAUCCCGUCUCCAAGAGGAUCGUCCCCUUCGCUCCGUCGACAAGCCCGUCGUGGUGAAGAUGCUGAAGAGCGUGCAAGUUGACCCUGGAGAGACUGCGCAUUUCGAGAUCCAAUUCAAGGAUCAGCCCGGACUGGUCACCUGGCUGAAGGACAACAAGCCCCUGGAGGAUCGAUUGGCUGAUAGGAUCACCCAAACCGCGGCCCCAAUGAAUUCCUACCGAUUGGACAUCAAGAACUGCAGUGAGACUGAUGCAGGGACCUAUACGAUUCGGGCCCAGUCUGCCUCCGAGACAACCACUCUAUCGGCUCAGCUGGCAGUUGGACAGGCUCCGGGUCACGAUGAAACGAAGACCAACACGGAGCCGGCUUUCCUGGUUAGCCUAAAGGAUGCCGAGAUGAUUGAGAACACUCUCUUCCGAUUCAUGAUCAAAAUUAAAGGGGAUCCCAAGCCUAGAGUAAAAUUCUUCAAAGAUGGAAAGGAAAUCCUUGAGACCGAUGACAGAAUCCAAAUAAUCCGCGAUAAGGACUAUCUGGGAUUCUAUGAGUUGGUGAUUGCCGAGGUGCUGAAGGCCGACAGUGGAACCUACACGUGUAAGGCCACGAACAAAUACGGUGAAGCCGUUUGCGAAGCUGUAGCCACCACAGUGGAGGAUAAGAAUCCCUUCGGAGCUCUUAGCGGGCAAAUCCUGCCAGCAGGCGAGAAGCCCGUCUUCCAGUGGAAGCGCAACGGCGAGGAGUUUGAUCCCGAGGAGCGGUUCAAGGUGCUUUUCGGCGAGGACGAGGACUCACUGGCCUUGGUCUUCCAGCACGUGAAGCCCGAAGACGCGGGCAUCUACACUUGCGUGGCCCAGACCUCGACAGGAAACAUCUCGUGCAGUGCCGAGCUCUCGGUUCAGGGGGCUAUUCAAACCCUGAACCGGGAGCCCGAGAAGCCCACCCUGGUGAUCGAGCACCGCGAGGCGAACGCCAGCAUCGGCGGCUCGGCUAUUUUGGAGCUCCAGUGCAAGGGCUUCCCCAAGCCGGCGGUGCAGUGGAAGCACGACGGUGAGGUCAUCCAGGUGGACGACAGGCACAAGUUCAUGUACGAAGACGAGGAGACCAUGUCCCUAGUGAUCAAGAACGUGGACACAGUCGACGCCGGAGAGUACACCAUCGAGGCGAUCAACGAGCUGGGCCAGGACGAGUCGAGCAUCAACUUGGUGGUGAAAGCUCCUCCCAAGAUCAAGAAGAUCACGGACAUCACUUGCUCGGCCGGCGAGACCAUUAAGAUGGAGAUCGAGGUGGAGGGCUUCCCGCAACCCACCGUCCAGGUGACCAACAACGGCAAGGACGUGACGGCCGAGAGCAACGUUAAGAUCUCCACGAGCUCGAUCGGCAAGAGUCUGGAGAAGGUCGUGGUCGAGGUGAAGGAGAUCAAGCUCUCCCAGGCCGGCAACUACUCCAUCAAGGCCACCAACGACCUCAGCCAGACCUCGGAGUACUGGAGCUGCACGGUCAAGUCGAAGCCGGUGAUCGUGAAGCACUUCGAGAGCGAGUACAUCCACGGGGAGAGGGAGAACGUGCAGAUGACGGUCCGGAUCGACGCCUAUCCGGAGGCCAAGCUGAUUUGGUACCACGACGAGACGGAGAUCAAGGUGACGGACGCCAAGUACACCGUGACCAGCGACGGCAACGCCUACACCCUGAAGAUCUCGGGCGCCACCCGCGUGGACGCCGGCAAGUACACCGUGAAGGCCACCAACGAGCACGGGUCGGCCACCAGCUCCACACAGUUGCUCAUCAAGUGCACGCCGGAGUUCACCCAGAAGCUGAAGAACAUCACAGUCGCCGAAGGCGACUCCAACGUGGAGCUGGUGGUGGGCGUGGACGCCUAUCCCCGUCCGCACGUCAAGUGGUACAUCGACGGCAUCGAGAUCGACGAGAAGCGCAACGACUUCCGCCACGUGGAGGAGGGCAACGACUUCAAGCUGAUCAUGAACCAGGUGGCCACCAACAUGCAGGGAAACUACACCUGCAAGAUCAUGAACGACUACGGCAAGCUGGAGGACAACUGCGUGGUGACCGUGAACUGCAAGCCCAAGGUGAAGCGGGGUCUGAAGAACAUCGAAGUCCAGGAGGGCAAAUCCUUUACUCUGGAAGUGGAGGUGUACAGCGAGCCAGAGGCUAAAAUCAAAUGGUUCAAGGAUGGCCACGAGAUUUAUGAAGAUGCCCGCAUCAAAAUCUCUCGGGACACCCAGCGUAUCGAGAACUACUACCUCACCUUGAAUCUGGCCAGGACCGAAGAUGCGGGCACCUACGAGAUGAAGGCCACAAACUUUAUUGGCGAGACCACCUCCACCUGCAAGGUGGCUGUUUUAACUAGCGAUGCUUUGUCUCUGGGACAGACCGUCACAAAAACAAUGAUUGCGACCACCGAAGAACCUGAAGAAGGGGCUGUUCCCGAAAUCGUGCACGUCGAUGUCUUCCAGCAGCACAGCUACGAAAGCGUUCCCCUCAAAUACGAAGUCAUUGCGACGGGAAUUCCCAAACCGGAAGCGAUUUGGUAUCAUGAUGGCAAGCCGAUCUCCCCCGAUAAGCACACCGCUAUCACCGUGGAUGGGGAUCACUACAAACUGGAGGUGCAGUCGCUCGAUCUCGUGGAUGCGGGAGAGUACAAGGUGGUUGUGCAGAACAAGUGUGGCGAGAAAUCGCAUCAGGGCGAGCUUUCUCUGUCGGGCAUCGCUGAGUACCGCAAGCCGAUCCUGACCCAAGGACCUGGCCUGAAGGACAUCAAGGUCAACAAGGGAGACAAGGUUUCCGAGCCAGUUGUGUUCACCGCAGAUCCUGCUCCUGAAAUCGUUCUGCUCAAGGAUGGCCAGCCCGUCAAGGAGAGCAAUAAUCUCAAGCUGAAGGUGGAAAAGAAGGACGCCGAGAAUGGUUUGGUUCAGUACACUUGUACGCUGAACAUUUUGGAAGCUGAGAUUAAGGAUUCCGGACGCUACGAACUGAAGGUAAAGAACAAGUACGGUGAGCUGGCCACUAGUGGUUGGAUCGAUGUGCUGGCCAAGCCGGAGAUUUCUGGCCUGGACGACCGCAAGUGCCUGCCGGGCGACACCAUUUGCUUCGAGGCUCUGGUCCAGGCUAAUCCCAAGCCCAAGGUCACCUGGACCCGUGGUAACGAGAACCUGUGCAACCACGAGAACUGCGAGGUUAUCGCUGACGUGGAUGCGGAUAAGUACAGACUGGUGUUCCAGGCCGUUGCCCCCAGCGAAGAUGGCAAGUACACCAUCACGGCCACAAACAGCGAGGGAAGGGCCACAUUCGAUUUCAACUUGGCAGUGCUGGUGGAGAAGCCCACUUUCAUCGUGCAACCCGAGAGCCAGAGCAUCCACGACUUCAGACCAGUCUCCACGAAGGUUGUGGUGCACGGCGUUCCUCUGCCCACCAUUGAGUGGCUCAAGGACGACAAGCCCAUCAACUACGAGGCGGUCAACAAGCCCGGCAAGGACAAGCUGUACAGCAAGGAGGACACCAAGAAGGCUUCCGACCAAAUCGAGAGUGUGUUCGAUAUCAAAACGUUUAGGGAAAACGAUGUGGGCGCGUACACCUGCGUGGCCACCAAUGAGAUCAGCGUGACCAAGGCCCCCUUCAAGCUGGGACUGCUGGCUCUGGCGCCCAGCUUUGUGAAGAAACUGGACAACGCUCUGGAUGUCCUGCAGGGCGAGCCCCUGGUCUUGGAGUGCUGCGUGGACGGAAGUCCCCUGCCCACCGUUCAGUGGCUCAAGGAUGGCGACGAAGUUAAACCCAGCGAGAGUGUUAAGAUAUCCACAAAUCCGGAUGGGCUGGUCAGGCUGGAGAUAGACCACUGCCAGCCCAAUGAUUCGGGAGCCUACAAGCUGAUAAUCUCCAAUCCUCACGGCGAAAAGGUGGCCCUGUGUGCCGUGGCUGUUAAACCUGAGGAGAUGCAGCCCAAAUUCUUGAAGCCCAUCACCAGUCAAACUGUCGUCGUGGGCGAGCCUCUGAAGCUGGAGGCCCAGGUCACUGGAUUCCCAGCACCGGAGGUCAAGUGGUACAAGGACGGCAUGCUGCUGCGCCCGAGUCCCGAGAUCAACUUCAUCAACAGCCCCAAUGGUCAGAUUGGCCUGAUAAUCGACGACGCCCAGCCCCUGGAUGCCGGAGUCUACAAGUGCGUGAUCGCCAACAAGGGCGGAGAACUCGAGGGAGUGUCCAAGGUGCAGAUCGUGCCCAAGGAGUCGAAGCCAGUGUUCGUGGCCGAGCUGCAGGACGCCUCCAGCAUCGAAGGCUUCCCUGUGAAGAUGGACAUUAAGGUGGUGGGCAACCCGAAGCCGAAGCUGCAGUGGUUCCACAACGGCCACGAAAUCCAGCCGGAUCCCAGCCACGUGGCCAUCGUGGAGAACCCGGACAAGAGCACGAGUCUCAUCAUCGAGAAGACCGUGCCCGGCGACUCGGGACUGUACGAGGUGAUUGCCCAGAACCCCGAGGGAUCGACAGCCUCCAAGGCGAAGCUCUACGUGGCGCCCAAGGCCGACGAGACGGCCGCCGAGGAGGCGCCCCAGUUCGUCUCUGCCCUGCGGGACGUGAACGCGGACGAGGGCCAGGAGCUGGUGCUCUCCGCCCCGUUCAUCUCGAACCCCAUGCCCGAGGUGAUCUGGUCAAAGGACGGCGUUACCCUGGCGCCCAGCGAGCGCCUGCUGAUGACCUGCGACGGCAAGCACAUCGGGCUGACCAUCAAGCCGGCUGAGGCCGCCGAUUCGGGCAACUACAGCUGCCUGCUGGCCAACCCGCUGGGCGAGGACACCUCCGCCUGCAACGCCAACGUGCGGAAGGUCUACAAGCCGCCGGUGUUCACCCAGAAGAUUUCCGACCAGCAGCAGGUGUUUGGCAACAACGCCAAGAUCCCCGUGACCGUGUCCGGCGUUCCUUACCCCGACCUGGAGUGGUACUUCCAGGACAAGCCAAUCCCGAAGUCGGACAAGUACAGCGUGAAGAACGACGGCGACCACCACAUGCUGAUCGUGAACGACUGCCAGAAGGAGGACCAGGGCGUGUACAAGUGCAUCGCCAGCAACCGGGAGGGCAAGGACAUAACCCAAGGACGCCUGGACAUCGUGAACGAGAUCAAGAAGCACUCGCGGUCGGAGCCACCAGUGUUCCUCAAGAAGAUCGGCGACUGCGACAUCUACGAGGGCAUGGUGGCCAAGUUCACGGCCUGUGCCACCGGAUACCCGGAGCCCGAGGUCGAGUGGUUCAAGAACGACCAGAAGCUCUUCCCCUCGGACCGCUUCCUGAUCGACGUCGAGCCCAACGGCCUCCUGCGGCUGACCAUCAAGAACGUGACCGAGUACGACGUGGGCCGCUACUCCUGCCGCAUCUUCAACCCGUACGGAGACGACAUCUGCCACGCCGAGCUGUUCUACGACUCUCUGGACAGUCAGCAGAAGCCCCUGGAGGACCAGUACACCGACUUCAAGAAGUACAAAAAGUCCGGCGCACCUCCGCCAUUGUCGGAGGGUCCUAUCAUUUCCCGCAUGACCGAUCGCGGGCUGCUCCUCUCCUGGAACCCCUCGGUGCCCCUGACUCCCCGCUAUCCCAUAACCUAUCAGGUCGAAAUGAUGGACUUGCCGGAGGGCGAUUGGCGCACGCUGAGAACCGGAGUUCGCAGCUGUGCCUGUGACAUCCGCAACCUGGAGCCCUUCAGGGACUACCGAUUCCGGGUGCGAGUGGAGAACAAGUUCGGUGUCAGCGAUCCCAGCCCCUACACCCAGACUUACAGGCAAAAACUGGUGCCAGAGCCACCGAAAACCUACACCUAUCUGCCACCUGGAACUGACUUCAGACCGGAAACUUCUCCCUACUUCCCCAAGGACUUUGACAUUGAGAGACCGCCGCACGAUGGACUGGCCCAGGCUCCUCAGUUCCUUCUGCGCGAACAGGACGUCAGCUACGGCGUCAAGGAUCACAAUACUGAGUUGAUGUGGUUUGUCUACGGCUAUCCCAAGCCAAAGAUGACUUACUACUUUGACGACAUGCUCAUUGAGUCGGGUGGCAGAUUCGACCAGAGCUACACCCGAAACGGACAGGCCACCCUCUUCAUCAACAAAAUGCUGGAUCGCGAUGUUGGCUGGUACGAGGCCGUGGCCACCAACGAGCAUGGAGAGGCGAGGCAGCGGGUGAGACUGGAGAUUGCCGAGCAUCCCAGGUUCCUCAAGCGCCCGGAUGAGACCUUCAUCAUGGCCCGCAAGAACGGAAGGAUCGAGGCCAAGCUGGUGGGCAUUCCGCUGCCGGAGGUUCACUGGUUCAAGGACUGGAAGCCCAUUGCGGACUCCUCCCGCAUUAAGAUCAGCUCCUAUGACCCGGACAUUUACGUGCUCUCGAUCCACGACUCGAUAAUCAAGGACGGAGGCUUGUACUCCAUCAGUGCGAGGAACAUUGCCGGCUCCAUCAGCACUUCGGUGACCGUGCACAUCGAGGAGAACGAGGACCAGUAUAUCUACAAGACCUACGGCAGACACCCGUAUGUGCGCUCCAAGCAGCUGCGCUACCAGGACAAAUACGACAUUGGAGACGAGCUGGGCCGCGGAACCCAGGGCAUAACCUACCACGCGGUGGAGCGCUCCUCCGGCGACAACUACGCCGCCAAGAUCAUGUACGGCCGGCCCGAGCUGCGGCCCUUCAUGCUCAACGAGCUGGAGAUGAUGAACACGUUCAACCACAAGAACCUGAUCCGACCCUACGAUGCCUACGACACGGACCGCAGUGUGACCCUGAUCAUGGAGCUGGCUGCCGGCGGGGAGCUGGUGAGGGACAACCUCCUCAGGCGGGACUACUACACCGAGAGGGACAUCGCCCACUACAUCCGGCAGACGCUGUGGGGACUCGAGCACAUGCACGAGAUGGGCGUGGGUCACAUGGGUCUCACGAUCAAGGACCUUCUGAUCUCCGUGGUCGGCGGUGACCUCAUCAAGGUGUCGGACUUCGGACUGUCGCGCAAGAUCAACAGGCACAACCUGUCGACCCUGGACUACGGAAUGCCCGAGUUCGUCUCCCCCGAGGUGGUGAACAAGGAGGGGGUGAACUUCUCGCACGACAUGUGGACCGUCGGCCUGAUCACCUACGUCCUGCUCGGCGGCCACAACCCCUUCCUGGGCAUCGACGACCGGGAGACGCUGACCAAGAUCCGCGAAGGCCGCUGGGACUUCAAGGACGAAAUCUGGACCCACAUCUCGGACGACGGCCGCGACUUCAUCAGCCGCCUGCUGUUGUACAGCCCCGAGGAGCGGAUGGACGUGAAGACCGCCCUGAAGCACCCCUGGUUCUUCAUGCUCGACCGCCAGGUGACCGACCACGACUACCAGAUCGGCACCGACCGCCUGCGCAACUACUACGACCACUUCCGCGACUGGUACGCCAACGCCUCCUGCAAGAACUACUUCCGCAGGCGGCGGCUUAGCGGCUGCUUCCAGCACCCCUCCAAGAUGGUCUAUCCCCCGGGACACGUCUACACGCCGGAGAACACCCCGGAGCCUCUGCCGGAGCCGAGGAUCAGGGCCAAGCGCGAGGAGGUGGUCUCCAAGUACUUGCAUCCCGACUACGAGCUGGGCCUGAUUCAAUCCGAGAGCCACUACCAAUAUGGACCCGAUACCUAUCUCCUGCAACUGCGCGACGUCAACUUCCCGGUGAGACUGCGUGAGUACAUGAAGGUGGCCCACCGUCGGUCGCCUUCCUUCGCCCUUAACGACUCGGUGGACUGGUCCCUUCCCGUGAUCCGCGAGCGACGUCGCUUCACCGACAUCAUGGACGAGGAGAUCGACGACGAGCGCACGCGCAGCCGCAUCAGCAUGUACGCGGCCAACGAGUCCUACUCCAUCAGGCGCCUGCGCACCGAGCUGGGCCCGCGUCUGGACGAGUACACCGAGGCGGACGCCAUGAUCGAGACCCAGCGCGAGGGCUACCCACCGUUCUUCCGCGAGAAGCCCCAGACGAUCGCCAUCACCGAGAACCAGCCGAGCCACAUUCACUGCUUCGCCGUGGGCGACCCCAAGCCGUGCGUGCAGUGGUUCAAGAACGACAUGGUGCUGACCGAGAGCAAGCGCAUCAAGAUAUCCGUGGACGAGGACGGGCGCUCCAUCCUGCGCUUCGAGCCGGCCCUGCACUUCGACGUGGGCGUCUACAAGGUGGUGGCCCGCAACAAGGUGGGCCAGACCGUGGCCCGCUGCCGCAUCGUGGUGGCCACGCUGCCCGACGCCCCCGACUCGCCGGAGGUGUCCGCCAACAGCGGCACCGAGAUCCUGCUCCGUUGGAAGCAGCCGCGCGACGACGGCCACUCCACGGUGCUCUGUUACAGCCUGCAGAGCAAGCUGGCCAACUGCGACGCCUGGACCACGGUGGCGGACAACAUCGACCACGAGUUCUACCUGCUGCACGACCUGCAGCCCAACACCGGCUACCAGUUCCGACUGGCUUCCAAGAACCGCAUCGGCUGGAGCGAGAUGGGCAUCCCGGUGGGCGCCUCGACGGCCGGCCCGGACGCCCCCAAGAUCCACAUCACCAAGGCCAUGAAGCAUUUACAGCAGCUCACCGAGAACGGGCACCAGGUGCUGCCCGAGGAGGAGCGCGUGCACACCGACUACCACUGCGAGCGCGAGCCGCCCAAUUGGGUGACCGACGCCUCCGUGAGCGACAAGUACAGCUUCAUCUCGGAGAUCGCGCGCGGCCAGUUCAGCACGAUCGUGAAGGGCAUCCAGAAGUCCACCGACACCGUGGUGGUGGCCAAGAUCCUCGAGGUAACUGACGAGAACGAGGACAACGUGGUGGCCGAGUUCGACAACUUCAAGACCCUGCGCCACGAGCGCAUCCCGGCUUUGUUCAGCGCCUACAAGCCCCUCAACGUGCCCAUCGCCAUCUUCGUGAUGGAGAAGCUGCAGGGCGCCGACGUGCUGACCUACUUCAGCAGCCGGCACGAGUACUCGGAGCAGAUGGUGGCCACCGUGGUCACCCAGCUGCUGGACGCCCUGCAGUACCUGCACUGGCGCGGCUACUGCCACCUAAACAUCCAGCCCGACAACGUGGUCAUGGCCUCCGUGCGCUCCAUCCAGGUCAAGCUGGUCGACUUCGGCGCGGCCAAGAAGGUCAACAAGCUGGGCGUGAAGGUCACCCCGUGCGGCUCGCUCGACUUCCAGCCGCCCGAGAUGAUCAACGACGAGCCCGUGUUCCCGCAGAGCGACAUCUGGUCGGUGGGAGCCCUCACCUACCUGCUCCUGUCCGGCUGCAGUCCAUUCCGCGGCGCCGACGAGUACGAGACCAAGCAGAACAUCUCCUUCGUGCGUUACCGGUUCGAGAACCUCUUCAAGGAGGUCACCCCAGAGGCCACGCGGUUCAUCAUGCUGCUCUUCAAGCGCCACCCCACAAAACGACCAUACACCGAGGACUGCUUGGAGCACAGGUGGCUCAUGUCCUCCGACUACAUGGUUAGGAAACGCGAACGUGCCAUCUUCUUGGGCAGCCGUCUAAAGACGUUCUGCGACGAGUACCAUGACCUAAAGAACGCCACGGCCACCUCAUCCAAGGUUUUGAACACGGUCGCAGGGGGACCCACUCCUACUCAACUACUUCGAUCGAACAGCAUCCAGGAGGAACUGCUCACAACAUUUUAGUCAAUUAGCUCCGAAGUAGUGUUAAGGGAAUGUUGUUUUUAUUUCUUGUAUAUAUGGAAUAUAAAUAAUUACACAACAUCUAAAUUCUAUAUAUAUAAAUAUAUUAUCUGGUUAAUUAAACGAA